CUUUUCGUCUGCGCUCUCGAUCCAGCUGUUCUUGCUCCGUUGCAUCUCCGAACCACCGACCACCUACCACCACACCGUCAAACAUGGCCUCUGGCAUUCAAGUGAACCCCCAGGUCGUUGAGACCUUCAACCAGCUGAAGAUCAAGCACGACAUCUCCUACGCCAUCUUCUCCCUCAGCGACGAUCUCACCGAGAUUGUUGUGCAGGAGGUCUCCGCCAACGGCGACUACGACGAGUUCAUCAGCAAGCUCCCCACGGACAAGUGCCGCUACGCCGUCCUCGACUUCAAAUACACCCUCAACGAUGGUGGCCAGCGCGACAAGAUUGUCUUCUUCGCAUGGACCCCUGACACGGCGUCCAUCAAGGACAAGAUGCUGUUUGCGUCGUCCAAGGACGCGCUGAAGAAGCAGCUCAACGGCAUCCACACUGAGAUCCAGGCCACAGACCUCGACGAGGUUGAGUAUGAGGAGGUCUACAACAAGGUCUCCUCUGGCGGCACCAAGUAACCGCGCCACCACGUUCUCUCCCCUCCUGUCUUGGCUGUUUCCCAUUUUGCGCUGAUUCCAUCCCUCGCUCCUCAUGUCUUCCCACACCACGUUAUCCCUCGCUUCUGCUUUUCUGACGCCUGAAUGGGUGCGUGUGGUGCUGUUCAACGUGGAAGCAUGGUUCGUGCCUCUCUGUCUCCGUGCCCCUUGUGUUUCUCCCGUCUUUUUUACCCAUCAACAACCAAGACGUACGUGCGAAUUGCCAUCCCCCUAUUCAGGUGCAAUCUCAAUCGUGUCCUCUCUUCUUUCGUGUGCAUCAAUGAAUUUCCCCUGCGCCUGCAAAGGGGAUUGAUCCUCCAAAAAAUAAAAUGCCCAAAACAACCGCA